AUGUACGAGUAUUUUUUAGGAUUCGGUAUUAUUCUUUUAUUACUUUAUUGGUUUAGUAAAGGUUUCAAAUCGGUAGAAAAAUCAGAUCUUCAUAAUAAACAUGUUUUGAUAACAGGCGGUUCCAGUGGAAUUGGAAAAUCUGUUGCCAUUGAGGCUGCUAAAUUAGGAGCCCAUGUUACUAUUGUUGCCAGAAAUUCCGAAAAAUUAGAAUUAGCUGUAAAUGAAAUAAAAAAUGUGAUGAACACAUCAUUCCAAAAAUUGUCACCAUACAAUAUUAGUGUUACUCUGUGUUUACCUCCCGAUACAAACACACCUGGAUUUGAAAAUGAAGAAAAAUCUAAGCCUGUUAUCACAAGAUUAAUAUCAAAAACAGCUGGAUUGUUUGAACCUGAUGUUGUAGCAAAACAAUUAAUUUCUGAUGCUUUGAACCAAAGAUUCUUCAGUGUUGUUGGAUUUGAAAGUACAAUAUUAACCACUCUCUGCUCAGGAAUGAGUCCUGUGAAACCUGUUAUUGAUGGAAUAUUUCAAAUACUCUUUAUGAGUUUGUUAAAACUAGUUUCCGUCGGAUACUUUUUUUACUUUAAAAAGUUAAUUUUAAAUCAUGUUAAGCCUUUUAAACCUGAUCCUAAUGAACCCACUUUAAAUAAAAACAAAUGA